AUACAACCCAUCCUAUCUUAUAUACCACUUGAUCACUCAAUAAACGGUGGUCUGGAGGACUUGAUACCCCGACACUAGUCGCUCAUUCUAUCCUCUCCACUAAUCAGCCACUGAGGCAGGUCCGUGUGUUCCACAAUGGCGUCUUCCUCCCGACCAUCCUCUGUCAGGGGUCUUUACACACCUCCGGUAGACGAAUGGGUCUUUCUCCCUCCCACCGUAAACCCACCUCCUCCAUCUUCGACCCCUCUUCCUUCUCAUUUACCGACUUCUCUGCCUGAUGCAGACAUUCCCUCUUUGUCCCCACCGGGGGUAUACGGACCACUACAGUUGUUUGCCACCGAAUAUUUCACUACAGCUCUUGGUAUGCCUUUCGAGGUGGGAAAAACGUUACUACAGGUCGAAUAUCGACCGCGUAAAAGAUACGCUCCUGAGGUGGAGGAGAUGAAACAAAGGGAUUUCGGAGCUGAGGAUGACGAGUUAAGUAACCCCGAAGAAGUCGAAAUGUACUUCACAGACCGACUUUCUGCACCAUCUAUACCUCUUGAACUUCCAUUGGACGUUCCCGCCCUUCCUACAGAUCCAUUCGGUUACUUGCCUGAUUUGCCCUCUUCUUGGCUAUUGAGAGACACCCCUGACAUCUCACGAUCCAAUGGAGUCCUCGGAAUGAUCCGUCGUAUUCGAUACACACCUUCCGAAGGUUUACCCGCCCUAUGGAAAUCUCAAUUAAUAACAACCCUCCAUUCCGUCCUUUCUACCCUACUCCAACCCACUAUCCAUCUUUCACUCGUAUCUUUAUUUCCCUCUUCCGCACAUGUCGAUAUCCCUCUUUCUGCUAUCCCAUCACCAGGACUUCCAUUAGCUAUCCAAGUCGGUACUCAUUUUUUGACUCAUUGGCUCCUAUCUCCUCUGGAAGUUAUCCGAACACGUCUUAUCGUUUCUCCUCUCAGUCGAUCGGAUACACCUUCCAGUGCAGGCAUGUUACGGGAUAUGGUAGAACAAGAAGGAGGAUUUUGUUCUCUUUAUUUCCAUCCUAAUUUGUUCAUCCCAACUGCUCUAGAACAUACUCUACGACCAUUACUUACUUUAUCAAUCCCUUUGGUAUUGGAAAGACAGUGGGGUAUAUCAUCUGAAUUCUCUCCGUUGACAUAUGCGGCUUGUGAUUUAGGUUUAGGUUUAGCGGGAUUGUUCAUUUUGUUACCUAUUGAGACGACGAGGAAAAGAUUACAAAUACAAUAUCGUGGCGUUAGACGAAAAGAGACUGGGAAGAGGAAAUCUGUGGUAUUGUUGAGGGAGAGAGAAUAUGUAGGAGUGGUAGAGGCUCUAUGGAGGAUAAUGACGGAAGAAACAGGUGCGAGAAGGAAACGACAUAUGACAGAGAGGGAUGAAGGUGGAGUAUUUUCUGGAAUCAGGCAGUUGUACAGAGGAUUCGGAAUGGCCGCUACUGCCCAUCUUACUGUAUUCGGAUUAGGUCUGGUCAGUGCUGGUCUAGGUGGAAGAGGGUUCGAUAGUGGUUGGAAAGAGAUUUGACUUAAUUCAAUGUCUUUUCAGUGAAUUGUAAAAUUAUGUUACACUCAUCUCUACUUU